AUGAGCCAAUCCUCAGUUCAGGACUCUGCCCAUAUCAACGAGAAAGAUAUGCUCGCCACACCGGCUGCUGUGCAUAUGGUAUCAGCAAGCUCAUCUGUUACUUUUGAGUCGGAACCUGGAGUUGCAACUAUGCCCAAGCAUGACCUGCCUCCGUCUGAUUCCAUGGAAAAGAAUGAAUCCUCCCUAUCAUUCGAAGAAAAGGCUAUCUCUUGGGAGGACUUCCGCAACGAUGAAUAUUCGGACAAGAAACAGGGUCGUCUCGCCCGUAACAUGCGGUUCAAGAUCUUCCCUAUAUAUCGUCGAUUGUUCAGCGUCGUGUUUAUAACCAAUAUGGCUAUAUUCAUCGCGUUCUGUGUUCGUGGCGCCAGUGUACCCAAGCUUGGCGAGGUGGCUAUUGCGAACCUUUUCGUCGCGAUUUUAUUCCGCCAGGACUACGUCAUUAAUGCACUGUUCUUCAUACUCUGCUCUGCGCCUAAAUCGUUGCCGCUGUGGAUUCGAUUAAAACUCUGCCGUGUAUACAGUCUUCCAGGUGGUAUUCACUCUGGCUCUGGAGUUUCAGGCACCAUCUGGCUCAUAUUAUUUGUCGGUCAAGCAACAAGAAAUUAUGUUGAAGGCGGAGAGAUCUCUGCAGCUACACUCGGGGUCACAUAUUCCAUCUUAUCUCUUCUGCUCGCCAUCAUUCUUUUUGCGUAUCCUUCGUUGAGGAGCAAACAGCAUGACGCCUUUGAGUAUAUUCACCGUUUCAUGGGAUGGACGGUAGUGGGAUUAGUCUGGGCACAGGUUGUUUUGCUCAGUAACGAUUAUAAGGGUGCUCAAUCUUUGGCGCGCGCACUUAGGACAAAUCCCACAUUCUGGCUGGUGGUAGUGCUGACAGCAUCUAUAGCUCUGCCAUGGGCGAGGCUUAGAAAAGAAAAAGUUCAAAGCGAGGUUCUUUCCAGUCAUGCUCUAAGAUUAUACUUCACCUAUGAUGAACCUGUUCCGGGGAGUUUUAUCCGGAUAUCUAACGAACCGCUUCUCGACUGGCACAGUUUUGCUACCAUCAGAGAGCCUGGAAAGAAAGGUUUCUCGGUGGUCGUGUCCAAAGCUGGCGAUUGGACCAGUGCAAUAAUCGCUUCCCCGCCGCCAUAUGUGUGGGUGAGAGGCGUACCGACAACAGGUGUCAUGCGUAUUGUUCCUCUAUUCAGAAGAGUUGUGGUCGUUGCCACAGGAAGUGGGAUAGGACCAUGCGCCCCCCAUGUCUUCGCAAAGAAAUCUACCAUUCAACUGCUUUGGUCGGCACCGAAUGUUCGAGAAACGUUCGGAGAUAAACUCGUUGAUUCGUUGUUAGAAGCAUCGCCGAAUGCUGUCAUCUACGAUACUCGCAAGAACGGAAAACCCGACAUGGUCAAGCUCGUGGCUCGUUUGGUGAAGGAGUUCGAUGCUGAAGCAGUGUGCAUCAUUUCCAAUCCCGCGCUCACUAGAAAGGUCGUUUAUGGGAUGAUGAGCAGAGGAAUCCCUGCUUUUGGAGCUAUCUGGGACUCUUAG